CGUGGUUUCUCUUUUAAGCUGUACAAGCAGGUUUGCUUCGCCUUCCAACUUCUUUAAGGAAACGUCUUUAACAUAAUUUACUUUCUAAAAAUAGAAUUUUCAUGCAGUAUUCAAAAUUUAGUCUGUGAAUCGUUAAACGAGGAGCUAGCAUGAAGGAGAGAGAAGAAGUGGCAUUUUCGUGCCCGUCCACCAAUAGUUUUAGUACCUAUUUGACAGUGGAAUUGGUUUAAGAAGCGCAAUAGUAUAUGCCUCAUACACUUCUCCGGCUUUUCCUCUCCAUUUCGUUCUCUUAAUGCAGCGAGGUUAGUACUGCCUCACACAUUUACCGCAAAAACUACGUCACAGUUAGAAUAACACUGGAUUUUUAGUUUUAUUAUUUCUGUUUUCUGUAAUUUAAAUGCAUUUGGAAAGCUCUUGAUGUCGUUUCGUUCCUCGUCAUUACACUCAGGACCAUUCGCCAUGUCACACUCGUAGAAGUAUAAUAGUGUUUUCAAUUAAUAUCAUUUCACGUAUUGCAAUUUGAGCUGGUACUGAGUAACGAGGUUUUUUUUUUGUUUCUAAAACCCGAUCUUAGUCACGUAUCCAGCCUGUACUUUUCUAUUCCGUUAACAGAGGGCAGGAUAAAGUACAACGGCAGUGCGCCACACAACGGGGAGAAGCCGCAGUCACCUAGACGUGUGGAUUGUGUGUGUAUGUGUGUGUGUGUGUGAGAUAUCCGAACUGGGUGUACCCGGGGGAACCCAACACCCGUGACCUCAUAUCCCAGCCUCGGACGUCUUUCGGAGGUCAUUGAAAUUAGGCAAGAAACAUGUUAAUGUGUGCAGUUAAACAGAGAAUGCUAAAGGAAAGAAGUGUUAGAAGACAAGGGAAAGAUUCAAAAGUAUAUAAUGGUUUAAUGUGAAAUGGAAACUGUUCAUUCCGUUGAUCAUGGUGACCAUCAUGCUAUGGCAGAUGGUGACCAUCAACAUUCAUUAGCAAGAAUUAGCAACAAUGAAAAUAAAGAUGAUGAUGAUGAUGUACUACCCUCUUCCACUAGGUAUAAUGUUCGUCGUCAAAGUUGUCCAGAGUCUGGAAGUAUUAGAACUGAAAAGCCUCAAACCUGGCAGACUCAACAAAGAUUUGAGACAGUCAUGAUGACUGGAGAUUUUUUUAUCAAAUUUAAUGGUAAAACAUCUCAUCAUUCACCUGUAUUAUUGAAAAAUAAUAGGGUACAUAACAUUUCUUUUGGUCAUUGUUCAACUCCUGCUAGCCCUGAAGAAUCUGAACAUAGAUCACGUGUUAGGGCAGUACGUGAAACAUCUCCUUUUAAUAGCCCCAUAAGUGACAAAAAAGGUCAUUUUUCUUACAGUGGUGUCUAUGUUAGAACUUCUAAGAGUGAAGAUCAUUUACAAAAAGCAUCAUUAACUGCAGUAAGCAUUGAUAUUGAAGAUGAAAUGGCAUCAUCUUUAAAUACACUUUUGGAUACCAAACAGGAUAAUCCUGUUUUUGAUCGAGUAACCUGGACCUGUGGUUCCUCUAUAAGAAACUCUGAAGAUAGUGAAGAUUGUAAACCUCUUUCUCCUUCACCUCCACCAGAAAGUUUGUCAUCUUCAUCAGGAGAAAUUAUUUCUCCUUCAAAGCCUGAAAGCAGCAAAAGUAGUAGUUCACGUUCCAAUCAGGAGAGAUCAGAACAUUACAGUAAAACAUCUGUUUCAGGGAGUAUUACAUCAGAAUCCACAACAAUAAGAAAAGAUUUGGAAAGAGAGGAUAGUAGUGAAGGUGAAUGUACUAGUGAUUUGGUGUCCACGAUCAGCAGUUGUGAAGAAAUAGAGCAGUUACCAGAUAGUGAUUCUGAUCAAGAAUCUAUAAAAAAUGGACAUGUAUCUGAAAGUUGUGAAAACAAAACAAAUUUAAAUAAUUAUAAAAUUAAUGAUCAGUUUUCAGUAAAAUGUGAAACUGUUCCUUCUAUAAAGAAAUCUGUAUCAGAAGGUAUAAAUAUUAUUGUUAGUGAUGAAUAUGGUGUUACGCAAACACAUGUUGAAAAUAAUAGAAGACAUUCUGAAAUACCUAAUGGGGGUCUUACAUUAUGUAUUGAAAAUUUUCAAUGGCCUGAUCACUUAGAUUGCAGUUUAGGUAGUCCAACUUCUUUUGGAUCAGAAAGCACCUUAGAUGAAGUGCCAUAUGAAGAAUUAAUGGAAAGCCAUGAUGAAGAAUCUUUUGCUGCUGAAGAUGAAACAACAAAAAGCAUAUCUCCAACUACAACAGAUGAUGAAUCAGAUAUUGAAAGUUUGCAUAGUUUUCAUUAUAGUCCAAAAGCUGUUGAUAUGCCCUCAGCAUAUCGUUUGGCAAAGCGUUUAUAUAAUUUGGAAGGAUUUAAGAAAUCUGAUGUAUCAAGACAUCUCAGUAAAAAUAAUGAGUUUAGUAGAGUGGUUGCUGAAGAAUAUCUGAAGUACUUUGAUUUUGUUUCGGAUUCCUUGGAUACAGCACUGCGAAAAUUUCUCAAAAAAUUUUGUUUAAUUGGAGAAACACAGGAGAGAGAGAGAGUAUUGCUGCAUUUCUCAAAACGUUAUCUUGACUGUAAUCCUGGCAUAUAUCGGUCUCAAGAUGCAGCCCAUACCCUUACCUGUGCUUUGAUGUUACUUAAUUCAGACCUUCAUGGAGAGAAUGUUGUACAUAAAAUGACAUGUGGAGAAUUUAUUGAGAAUCUGUCUGAAUUAAAUGAUGGAGAAAAUUUUCCUAGAGAUAUUUUAAAAUCACUUUAUUAUUCAAUCAAGACACAACCAUUGCAGUGGGCCACGUAUGUUCCUAAUCCAAAUUCAGCAACUGAAUAUAAAAAAGGCUAUGUUAUGCGUAAAUGCUGUAUUGAUCCAAAUGGGAAAAAAACUCCACUUGGAAAGCGUGGUUGGAAGAUGGUUUAUGCUACUUUGAGAGAUUUAGUUUUAUAUCUACAUAAGGACGAUCAUGGAUUUAAGAAAAACCAGUUGUAUGAUAGUUUGCAUAAUUCUAUUCGUAUUCAUCAUUCUCUUGCUACAAAAGCCACUGACUACAAGAAGAAGCAGCAUGUCUUCCGUUUUCAAACAGCUGAUCUGGCUGAAUAUCUUUUUCAAACAAGUGAUUCCAAAGAACUUCAGAGCUGGGUAGAUACAUUGAAUCUGGUAGCUGCUAGUCUUUCAGCACCUCCAUUAGCAAGUGCUGUAGGUUCACAGAAGAAGUUUCAAAGGCCUCUGUUACCUGUUAGUCAUACAAAAUUAAAUCUU